UGGUGGUGGUGGUGGCUCAAGUGAGCGAAAAAAGACGGGAAUCUAUGUUCAGCAAGUUGUUGGAUGGAUAGAGGAGAAAGCUGUUUGGGUUGUGCUGGUUGGAUGGAAUGGAGAAAGUAGGAUCAUGCAGAGACUUUCUCUGAGCUAGAAGUUGAGUAAUUGUCCUUUAUUAUUGUUUAUUACUUUGAACGAUAUUGCAUAUUGGAUAUUUAGACAAUAAUUUAAUUUACUAUUUAAAUUAAAUAGCUUUGUGAAAGUUGGGGAAUUUCAUUAAAUUUGGGAUUAAUUAAAUUUUCCUGUUAUAGCAGUACUUGAUCUAACACUGCGCCAUUGCCAUUAGUUGGAACUCUACUCGCCUUCCUAUCUACUACGACCAGUCAGUUGGAGUUGUGGACUGGAACCACUACUACUUCUGUGUUUGGAGAAAGUGGGGACUUGAGCAGCAACGGUAGUCGUUUGCGAACCUCGUGUUUCAUUCGGAAUCGGGUAACCACCGUCGUCGGAUACGUGAAUCGGGAGUCUCUACAUUUCCCUACUUCUAGAAGAGAGGAGACCUUUUGCAGGCCGAUAUCUGGCUGGGUGGUCUGAACGGACGGAACGACUAGUACAUAGGACUGGCCCUUGACUUUCCCCUCUGACUGAGGGACACAGCUACUGCAUUCUAUCGCAUCAUCAUCAUCGCAAACACUAUCGCAAUAUAUCCAGCAACACUUUAUUACAAGAAAAAAGAAGGACCUCGACCCACGACUCGACUCAGUCUGCCAGUCGCCGUGCUCCUGGAGCGAACCUUACAAGAAAAUAUCUCCCACCCGACCGACAUUUACCCAUAACCUUGAAAAUAAUAUCCAUUCAGUCGAGAAGCGGUGGUGGCAGAGAGAAAAAGAGGAAGGAGGAGGAUCGGAUAAUCUGUGGCGUGGCUGGCACCUUGAAGUGAAAGGCGACUCAUUAUAAUUCAUCAGAAUGGCUGGACGGGUAAGUCGGUUGCAAGUGGUGCGAUGUCCGUCCGACGCUCUUUCUCUGACCAAUUGUGCCAUCGUGAGUCCGCAGGAUUUCCCUGGAGGGGAUCCUCGGAAUCGACAGCACGUAAGAGUGUGCCCUGCAGGAGUGUCGGAUCGAACUCUGCUUAUUUUCACGAUACGUCAAAGCCCAGAAGUAAAGCCUGGCACAAUUGGAUUGAGUCUCACUCAGAGAAAGUUUGCCACCGCCUCGAUUGGGCAGGAUAUGGAUGUGUUCCCGUAUGAAUUCGAUCGACAGACGGCAUGCUGUGCCUCUGUCUCGCUGGAUGUUGACUUUCUCCAGAAAAAACAGUCGACGGCUGAACCCUACGACACAGAUGCGAUGGCUGAAGAGUUUAAAUCUCAAUUUGCUGGACAAGCGUUUCAUGUCGGGAUGCCGCUCGCGUUCAGCUUUAUGGACAAAAAGUUGCUUUCACUCGCUGUGAAAGAAAUGGAAGUGGCUGACACAACACCUCUGAAGUCUGGAGGAGAUGUCAAGGUGGCCAAAGGAGAUAUCGGCCUCCUCUUGCCCAACACAAAAGUAACCUUUGACAAAGGCGAAGGUUCCACUGUGAACUUAACGGGAAAGUCGAAAGGGAAAGUGACACGACAAUCUAUCAUCAAUCCCACUUGGGACUUUCAACGGAUGGGAAUCGGUGGUUUGGACAAAGAAUUCAAUGCAAUCUUUCGCCGAGCCUUUGCAUCCCGAGUCUUCCCACCCGAAGUGGUUGAGCAGUUGGGAUGUAAGCAUGUCAAAGGGAUUUUGUUAUAUGGUCCCCCUGGGACGGGCAAGACAUUGAUGGCCAGACAGAUCGGCAAAAUGCUCAACGCCAAAGAUCCCAAAAUUGUGAAUGGGCCUGAAAUUCUGGACAAGUAUGUGGGUCAGUCUGAGGCCAACAUCCGUCUCCUCUUUGCUGAUGCGGAGGAGGAGGAGAGGAGAUUAGGACCCAACUCGGGGCUUCAUAUUAUCAUCUUCGACGAAAUUGACGCCAUUUGCAAGUCCCGAGGCAGCAGUGGAGGUAGCACCGGAGUCAAUGAUACCGUGGUUAAUCAGCUCCUCUCAAAAAUUGAUGGGGUUGAACAACUCAAUAAUAUUCUCGUGAUUGGGAUGACCAACAGAAGAGAUAUGAUGGACGAGGCGUUGCUUCGACCCGGACGACUUGAGGUUCAAAUGGAAAUUGGACUGCCAAAUGAGACGGGCAGGAAAGAGAUUUUAAAAAUUCACACCGCUUUAAUGAGGCAACAUGGAAAGCUUGCUGACGACGUUUCCCUUGACGAAUUGGCCGCACUUACCAAGAAUUUCAGUGGAGCUGAAAUUGAAGGUCUUGUUCGUGCAGCACAAUCCACUGCCAUGAACAGGUUAAUUAAGGCCGCUUCGAAAGUAGAGGUUGAUCCUCAGGCAAUGGAAAAAUUGAGAAUUUCAAGAUCCGAUUUCCUUAAUGCGUUGGAGAACGAUGUUAAACCUGCGUUUGGAACGAGUCAAGAAACACUUCAAGUUAUGCUCAGCCGAGGAAUUAUCAAUUGGGGAGCUCCAGUUUCCCACGUUCUGGAGGAUGGAAUGCUGUUGAUUCAGCAGGCGAGAAGCACAGAAAGUUCCGGUUUAGUCAGUGUACUCCUCGAAGGUCCACACAAUGCCGGAAAGACAGCUUUAGCUGCCCAGUUAGCAAAGAAUUCCGACUUCCCCUUCAUCAAGAUUUGCAGUCCUGAAGAUAUGGUCGGAUUUUCAGAAAGUGCAAAGUGUAUGCAAAUCCGAAAGGUGUUUGACGAUGCAUACAAGUCAUCAGUUAGUUGUAUCCUUGUCGACAACAUUGAGCGUCUGUUGGAUUACGGUUCCAUUGGUCCACGUUAUUCUAACUUGACGUUACAAGCACUUCUCGUAUUGCUGAAGAAGCAACCCCCAAAAGGAAGAAAGCUCUUGGUUAUCUGCACCUCUUCAAGAAAGAGCGUCCUACAAGAGAUGGAAAUGUUGUCCGCGUUCACUGCCGUACUUCACGUGCCCAAUCUGAGCGAGCCGAAACACAUGAUCACCGUUUUAGAAGAGUCAGACGCAUUCACCAAACAGGAAGUUCAAUCCAUUGCUCGGUCCAUUGAAGGCAGAAGAAUUUUCAUUGGAAUCGCAAAACUGUUGGGAGUGAUUGACUUGGUUCGACAAACCGAAGGAGAUUACAGAGUUUCCAAGUUCUUAUCGAAGUUGGAGGAGGAAGAUGCCAUCGAGCUCCGCGGUUAGGAAUAUUGUUUGCCCCCAACCCCCUCGCCUAGCUUAUUUCUAGUAAGACAACCAUUCUUGGAUUACUUGUCUUACUGGAAACAUCUUGGUGAAUCGGUUGAAACUUGCCUACACGAUUGCUGGCCGCUGGUUGCGUUGAUAGUUGGCGGUGGGGUUGGAGGGCUGUUUGGAGUUGCUGUUGGAAUUGCCGUUGGACUAACUUUAGGAAUAAUCGUAGGGACAAUUGUAGGUGUAACUUUCGGAAUAAUUAUAGGUUUCAUAGUUGGAGAAAACGGCAAAUCGAACGGUCAUCCAAAAAAGUCAAAAAUGGAGAAAGAAGAUGAGGAAUGGCUUGCUUGGAUAAUGGCAGCGCAGUCAGCUCAAUCUCAACCUUAAAUUUAUGUAUGUAACUCUGUAUUAGUAUCUCAGGCUGCGUCUUAGUUGAAUGUGGUUUGACGUAUGUAAUGUAUGUCUUGUUGUGUGAAACUUUUCGAUUUAUCUGUGUACGUAUCAUAUUACUUAUUCUAUUACAACGACAUGUGUUCUAAGGAUGCCGACAGAUGAUAAGAUCGACUACAUAUUACUGUCAACGGGUUGACACAUUGUGAUAUAUUACCUCAAGAUUAUCUCAUGCAUCUUCAUUUCGACAUUUAUUAGGAAUGACAUCGUGCGUCGUGGGAUAUUAUAUGGUUACCGAACAUGCACUAUGCCAUUCCUGAAAAUUUAUUAUUAUUUCUAUUUUGUGAUUCAACAACCAACUCAUUCUACUUUCCCCCAUUUAUUUAUUAACUUAUUAUCAAUUGUUCUUUCGCUGAAGAAAUUGAAAACAUUCCUCAUGUACUUUCCGGUUGAAUGUAUAUAUGGACAAAGUAAGUACUGUUGUAUUGUCAUGAUAUCAAACAUUUGUGUAAUACUAACAGAAUAUUGUACCUUGUAGUUGUAAGAAGGUUAUGAAAUAUGCAAUAUAAGUAACCACUUAUUAGUAGGCACUCAAUUGUUCCUCGCCCUGUCUAGACAGAUCCUAUAGAUACAUAAAUGUAGAUAGAUACUGUAUAUGUCACUCUGUAAAUGUAGAUAAGACGGCCAUUAAGUGUGUCGAUGCUUGGUCAUGAUGAUCACAAAUCAAUUCCUCACAAAUACAUGUAGCACCUAAAUUACACUCCAUGCUAUUAAAAAUCCAUGCAUAAAAACACAUUAUCACGGGAUUGUUGACAAGAAUGGUCGUCUCUCCUUCAUAAUUGAUUGAUUAAUUGAUUAUUCGUAUAAUAAUCUAUGACGAGUUGUCCUAUAAAAUAUUGAGAUGAUGUUUCAAUAAUUGAUUAGUAAAUACUUGCCAACACUCAAUAAUGAUCAAUGUUAUGCAAUCAGCAAUACAAGCGGUAAACUAUUACUGUUCGACUUCAUAGGAGAAUUGACGUAGCUAGACUAUUGGAUAAGCUUCUGUUUUACAAUUAAUUUGAAACAUUCGAAUGACAGCUAAUUCCUACUAAUGUGAAAUGCUGGGAGAUUUGUGGUGCUACAUACUUGUACAUAAAAAAUCGGAUCUUGUGAGCAUUUAGCUUAAAUAAUGCAGUGUCGAUGUUUGUGCUGUGUGUAUGUAUAUAUAAUAAUUAAGAUGUAAUCGUGUGAUGUAACGCUAUGUCAAUAUUUAUUAAGUACUUACAGGUAAAAAAAAUGUUUAAACCCUAUUGGCUUUAUGUAUUUAUGAAAAAUUCCGUCUGUAAAUACAAUUAUUUACGUUUUUGUCAGUUUAGUUUUUAGGGGAGGAGUGAAAGAAAUGGAAGCAAAAAAAUGUAAUACUGUAGUCUCAAAAUUAUCCAAAAAACGGACUGUUCAUGCCAUGUCGUCAGAGAAAGGAACUUGUCGGACUAACUAACUAUUAGAUUACAAUAAAUACAUACGUUAGAAAAAAAGUA